CUGAAACGGUACGCCUCUCUCUCUCUCUCUCUCUUUCGCGCCAUCCAUAAAACCUCUGCCUCCUCGUUUCCUCCAUCCCGCUGUUUCUGGUCCGAAGGAAAUCCGUCCGUGUCGAUCUUCUCUUCAGUUCUUGGUCUCUCUUUCUCUCUCUCUCUCUCUCUCUAUAGAGCAUGGAGGGUCCAGUGCCUGUAGAGAUGCAUGUUCCGUACUCGGAAAACUCGGCCAAUGGAGACGCUGCCUACCUCCAAAAUCCGUCGUCACCUCCGCCAGGAAACCCUCCUCUCCCUCCGGAGGAGCCGACUUCCCCAUUCCAGGCAGGGCCCUCCCCUCCCCCUCCUCCCCGCUCCCCCAACCCAUACGGCCCUCCUCAUGAAGGAAACCCUAACCCUAAUCUUCCUCCUGCGGACAAGCACCCCAACGCCCACCGAACCGACUUUGUGCCGCCGCCACAAUCUGAAUCUGCGACGGGAACAACCACCACCACCCCGAGCGGCAACGUCGGCGGGGAAGGGUCUGGAGGCGAAGAUGAGACGGCAACGAGCCGCCGCCGGCGCCGAUCACGCUGGGAGCCGCAGCUGGAAUCCGAGGGCGAUGGCGCUGCUUCCGGUGGCCGAAAGAGGAAGUCCCGUUGGGCGGAUGACGACCCCAAACCGCUGAUCCAGCUACCGGAUUUCAUGAAGGAUCUCGCCGAGCUCGAUCCCGAGGUUCAGGCCUUGAAUUUGCGCCUCCUUGAGAUCUCCCGCUUAUUGCAGUCGGGCCUUCCGCUGGAUGACCGACCGGAGGGAGCGAGAUCACCGUCGCCUGAGCCGAUCUACGACAACAUGGGUGUUAGGAUCAACACCAGGGAGUUCCGUGCCCGAGAGCGUCUUAAUCGCGAGCGUCAAGAGAUUAUAUCGCAGCUGAUCAAGCGCAAUCCAGCAUUCAAACCGCCAGCGGAUUAUCGGCCGCCGAAGUUGCAGAAGAAACUCUACAUCCCAAUGAAGGAGUACCCGGGAUACAACUUUAUCGGGCUCAUCAUUGGCCCCAGAGGUAACACUCAGAAGCGGAUGGAGAAGGAGACGGGCGCCAAGAUCGUCAUCCGCGGCAAGGGUUCUGUUAAGGAGGGCCGUCUGCAGCAGAAGCGUGAUCUGCGCCCAGACCCGGCUGAGAACGAGGACCUCCACGUCCUAGUAGAGGCUGAGACGCAGGAGGCUCUCGAUGCCGCCUCCAGCAUGGUGGAGAAGCUACUCCAGCCCGUGGAUGAAGUGCUGAACGAGCACAAAAGGCAACAGCUCAGGGAAUUAGCCGCGCUUAAUGGGACGAUUCGGGAAGAUGAGUUUUGCAGGUUGUGCGGUGAGCCUGGCCACCGUCAGUAUGCUUGUCCAGCAAGGAUGUCUACCUUCAAGAGCGAUGUUUGUUGCAAGAUUUGUGGUGAUGGAGGGCACCCCACUAUUGAUUGCCCGGUGAAGGCAACAACCGGGAAAAAAAUGGACGAUGAGUAUCAAAAUUUCCUGGCUGAGCUCGGAGGUGGAGGGGGGCCUGGUGGAUCUACCGCCUCCGGAGGAGCGACCUUGGCGAUCACGGGACAAACCGGCGGAAACCCUCCUUGGGCUAAUGGUAGUUCUGCAACUAGUGCUGCUGCCACCACCGAUUCUUCAGGAAAAUUGGGUUUGCCCGGCGCCAAGGAGUACGAUGACACAAAUCUUUACAUAGGAUACCUCCCUCCGAAUCUGGAGGAUGAUGGCUUGAUUCGGUUAUUUGCCUCAUUCGGAGAUAUAGUGAUGGCCAAGGUGAUCAAAGAUAGAGUGUCAGGGUUGAGUAAAGGAUACGGGUUUGUGAAGUACUCGGACGCCAACCAGGCAGCUCAAGCGAUCGCUGCCAUGAAUGGGUAUAGAUUAGAAGGCAGGGUAAUAGCUGUUAGGAUUGCUGGAAAGCCGCCCCAGCCACCGACCCCGACAGUGGUGGCUCCACAGCCACCUGCUGGAGCAACAUUUUCGAGUGCAGAUCCUAAUUCCUAUUCAUCUUCACAGAGUUAUGCUCCGCCUCCAGUUCCUCCACCACCGGUUCCUUACAUGGGAGCGGUCCCUCCACCAUGGGGGCCUCCAGUUCCAUGGGCACCGCCGCAGCCAGUGCCUAAUUAUGGAAUGCAGUACCCUGCAAUGGGUGGCUAUCCCCAUGCAGCCCCAGUGCCCCCUCCUACUUCGAGUGCUGGUACCGAUGCUUCACAGGGCUUCUCUUAUGUGGGGAUGUCAACUCCUCCAGGAGUUCAGCCAGCUUAUGCACCAGGUGCUCCUCCUCCUCCUCCACCGCCACCAGGUAGUUACCCAAUGUACUACGGGAUGCAGCCUCCUCCACCAGUGUCAGUUCCUGCAGGUGUUGGCACAGCAGACGCAUCCCAAGCUAUGAGCAUGCCAGUCCCAUGGGCGCCUAAUCCAUCUUCGCAGCUUGGUUCUGCUUCUGCCGAUCAAAAUGCAGCUGGAGAUCCUGAGUAUGAGAAAUUCAUGUCAGAGAUGAAGUGAUCUACGAUUUCAUUUGAGGAGUGAGAUUUCUUGACUUGGGACUUGUUGGAAGUUUGGGAACUUAACGUCUUAACCUUGCUCUGAUGUUAUGACAAUUGCAGAGAUUUUUGGAUCAACUUGUCAUAUAAUUGUGGUGGGAACUGGAUAAGUGGUGGCAGUGGUCUCUUCACUAACAGCAUAUUAUGUAUUCUUCUUGCUGCUUGUUUUGUUAUGAGUCUGGAUGUGAAGUGGUUUCUCUCUUCAACUUGAUCUUUGAUCAGAUGCCACUUGGCAAUUCUCUUACACAGCUAUCAUUUCCCUUGAGCGCACAGGGACAGAAUUACAAUUUCGCAGCAUUAUUACUUAUUUGUUUUCUUUUGCUUUAAGUUUAAACAUUGUUGGACCAACUUUGCUAGCAUGUUAUUUUGUUAUUAUGAACUGAUAUUUUAGAAUGUUGGCGUGUAGUUAGUUCACAUGUUUGUUAACAUUCAUGUGGGAACUCUUGCGCAGCUUGCUUGCUUCAUCGUUAUGUUGUCCAAGGAGAAGGUGAGUUCUAUCUAAGAUCUCUGCUUGCUGUUUGGGUACAACUCUGUCUGAUGUGUUGCAGUUUUGUAUUAGUUGGUCUGAGUUUGAGGAUGUUAACAUUCUCUAUCAUUUUUUUUUUAAAUUAUGUGAAGUCAUCACCACACUGAUGUCUGUCUUCAAGUUUUAUCUGUUGCAGGUAAACAAGAUGUACGUGGAUGUUGGUCUGCUACUGGAUCCUAUAGAUCCUAAAAUUUAUGCUCUUCUUCCUUUUUUUAUGUUGAUUCUUCCUUAAAAGAAUUAACAGUUAUUGCUUAUCUUUGUCCUAGGUAGAAGCGAUACAGUCAGUUGGCCAGUUAAGAGUGCAACACGUGAGAGUCUGAGACUAUGAGAAUGGAUUCAUGAUUCAGAAACUCGUUGAAAAACAAGAAUUAUAAAUGAUGAAAAAAGGAAAGUGGAGAAAGGCUUCAGGAAAUAAUGCAAAGCAAAAAACCCUCACAUAAAUUUGAAGUGUCAUCAACUGAAUCAAUCCCUUAAAAGUAAUUUUACAAUGAACAUAAAAGAUAUAUAUGUAAAGUCAUAUUUGCAUCAUACAGACACUGCAGUAGAAUAACGCCAGAAUGAAGGGCAAGCAGAGGAGUCCGUUCCAAAAAAGUUGACUAGUGGGUACUCCGAAUUCAUUUUAAGAUUUUAAUAUUUUGAGUGGUGGUGUGUGGCAUUUUACCAUCAAUGACAUAAUAUAUAAGAUAAGAAUAUAUGUAUCUCUCUCUCUCUCUCCCUCUCGAUCUUUUCCUCUUUGGUCUUGCAAUGUUAAGGGGGAGAAACCUUGUUGUUUUUUUCAACAGGCUGGAAAGCACAUUGUGGAUUUUUUACUGUGCUUGUCUGCUGAGUAUCUUUCGUUAUAUUCUUAUUAUAUGUAUUAAUUGAAGUACGUUACACUGCUUUUGCAGUAUUCAGUUUUUUGUCUAUACUUGAACAUAUGAAUAUAUGUUGUGAUAUCCAUUGUUCUAUGUAGCACCUUAGGAAUGAGGAUAUUUUUUCAUACUUUCUUAAUGAAAAUAUAAUUUCGACCAUUUGAUGCAUUUACAUGAGUACUUAUCUACAUGAGUUAUUUAUCAGAAGUAUUUAGAAAUAUCUAUGAUUUUUUAAAUUUAUUUUAGUUAUUCAUGUCUGGUCCAUUAUUGAUUUCUUUCAUUUUUCGUAUACUUAAAAAUUGGAAUUAUAGCAAAUAAUUAUAGUUAGUGUGAAAGAAAGUUUGGAUUCUAUGCUUUUUCUAUUUAGUAUUUGAAAAAUGUAAGUAAUUUAUGUUUUGAAUAUUUGCAUCGGUUAUGGAGGUUUAUAUGAAGAUGAUAAGAUUUACUUGAGAAACUAUGGCCGCAAAUGGUUUGCUUUGAAGUCUAUAAUACCCGUUGAAUAGCUUCUGUCGUCCUUGUUCUUGAUGUCAUCUAGUUUACCUCUUGAAUGUUGAGCAUUGAGCCACCUUGGGUGAUUUUCCCCCUUCUAUAUGAUUCAGUCGAUCCAUUCCAAAUCAUAUGGCUGGGGAUUAUUUGCUGUGUUAGUUAGAGGUGUUCACGAUCUGAGUUUGAGCCUAUCUGGGAGAGGUCGAGCUUGGCUUAACCCUGAGCCUGGGAGAGAUCGAGUUUGGGUUAGCUAAGCAUGUCUUGUUUAAGCUGACUAGGUUUGUCUUUUUUGACUUAUAGAAGUGUCAUCAAGGAGGUUUGAACUAAAGGUUUACCUUAAGAGGGACGAGGCACCCAGGAUACCAAGAUUACUUUUUGUGUUAACAAUUGUGGAAGAGACUGUAUAAAUUUGCUUUAGUUGAGCGUACUGAAGUUUACAUGAGGCAAGUUCUAUCUCAGACUCAACUUGUGUAAUCAGACUAGUUAAACUUUUUACUUGAGCCUUCGGCUGAAGCUGCCCUAGUUUGCUUCAUUGGUUUUACCUAUGUUGUUUCUGUGUUUUGGGUGGUUCUAUUUCAUUUCUGCUUGCUUGAUUCCAUCAUUUGGCAUAUGAUGAAACAAGAGUGCUAUGACCUUUCUGGUGGUAAAGAAUUAUCACCUGUCUUCUUCAUGUUCCGACACCAGCCAUGUAGACUGACUAUCUUAAUUAUAUGGGUUUCUUGCAGCCUUUAGUGUUUGAAUGUAUUAAAACCAGCUGUAUGGUUAGAAUUUCUAGUUGGUGCUCAGGCGAUACAAAUCCCUAGAAAGCCUCACCAAGAAUUAAAAAGGUUUAAAAUGAACUUAAAGGGAAGAAGUUAAGUUUUAGAAUAAAAGUGAUUGAAGAAAGAAUUGAAGUGCUAUCCGCUUAGUGAACUAUAAAAGCUACCCCAGUUCCAUUCAGUGAAAUAUGAGAGAGUUGGUUGCUUUGCUUCGAGGGAACUGUAAAGAGCUUCUCUUGAUGCAUGCAAGAAGGGGAACCAAAAUGGGACAUUCGUCCAUCAAACUGUGCUGGAAAAUAGUGAAUUUACUCCUACACAACAAUGGGAAUGUACAUAGUAGAAUAAUGUGAUGUCACUUGGCCAGAUGACUUAUCAGCUGUGGUUAGGUCAAGAUGUUUUCAGUGGAAAUGGCUGAAGGAUGUUCGGGAUUUAGUUGGCCGGAGGUUGGGGAUUGUUGUUGGAACGCUGUUUCAAGUAACGAUCAUGCUUUGGUAGUUAUGAUUCUUGUUGGCUGGCCAUCAACAAGAUUGGUGGUUCCCAAGAAUGUCCUUGCAAUUUUUAUCCAAUCUUCUGUCAAACUGCCUUUGCAACUACAAGUUGAAUGUGGAGGGGUAUAAGAUGGUUCUGCACCAGGGUAGCUAUUUCUGUUUCCUUGGAACCACAAUAAGUUCCACUAGAAUAUUUAGAGGAUCUGUCACUGAUGACUUGAGGUGAUGGUGGCUGGACAGGUGGGAAAAAUAGGUUCUAGGUUGAGUUGUAAAAACGUUAAUCUCACUCUUUGUAAUGGGGCUUGUUUCCUCCAUGUGAAAGAGGCAUAACACUUUUGAGGUUUUGGAUAUUAAAGAGACUGUUAGAUGAAAAUUCUGUCCUGUUAUGUAUUGGUUUUUGCUAAUUUGUGUUGGCUUUGGGGACUGAAGACUUGGAAAUAAUUCAGAAAAAUUGGAAAAGUCACUCCAUGUUGUAUGGGUGCGGAAGGAGGAAAGAUAUGGAUUAGGAAUUUGUUUUGGUGGAAAAAUUUUAUGUGAAGUUAUCCAUAGUUUUACUUGCGAUACCAAACGCUUAUGCAAAAGCCUUUAUUCGAAAUAGUGUAGGGAGUUGACAUUCCUAACCAUUCUUUAUUCCAAAUUGAUCUACUUCUCAGAAUUGUUGGUGAGGGAACUAGAGUUUGGAAUUUGUGCUCGAGUCAAAUACUAUUUAUUGUUCUCAUAAAUUAUGUUCAUGGUUUUACUCAUAAAAGGACUUAUGCAAGGACCAUUUUAUCUUUCAUAUGGUAAUAAUGUAUGUUUUUGAAUUCUUAUGUGGUUUAAUUGUAUCCGUGCUAGUGUAAACUGUUUGGGUAAAAUCUUGCCCGACUGCAUGGAUCGAAUGUUUACCCUUCUUUUGGCCACAUCCUUUUUUUAUGAAAAAUGUCACUUGCAGUUGAGAGAGGCUGGUCUCUGUAGUUUAGAGUUUCUUUCUUCCUGUACCAAUAAAAAAGUUUUGGCUUCAUGGUUUUAAAGAUGUCUCCCUUUUACAAAUGACAUUGACCAGAAGCAAAAUAGAACUACUGAAGUUCGAAGUCCUAGAUUAGGAGUAAUAUCUUCCCUUCAGGCAAAUGGGUAGUUUGGUACAAGAUAUUUGUGAAGCGUUGAAAGUGUAAAGGUGCUUAAACUUGUUAUGAUUUGUACUAACGGUGGUAAAUGAUGUAGGCAUGUUUCAAGGUUACUAAUUCUAGCUGGACUGGCUGAAACAUACCAGUGGUGGGAUAUGGUGGCCCUCGCUGAAAUUUCUUGUACAAUUUGUUGCACUUUAAGACCUUGUUGUGCUUGGAUCAGAAUAAUAAACUUUUCAAUUGAUCACAUUGAAUUUA